AUUUUUUCCCCUAUUUCAAACUGAUUGCAGAACUGACCAGAUUGGUAGUUAGAUUUAUUUCAAUUCAUUUUGAGACUUCUGUUUUCUUAGCCUUUUCAUUUUCCUUUUCUUUUUGUUUUUUAACACCUUGUAAUUAGUGUACAAAUCAUCUCUUUUUAUUCCUUUUUUGGGGUAAAUUUUAGAUAAAAUGUCUUACAAUCUUGUAUCUCCAUUUGUUCUGUGGGUUUUAAAAAUUACAUCUUUUUUGGAUGGGGGAUGGUGUUAUCACUUCUGAGCUGUUGAUGAUAUGCUUGGAGCUAUUUCACUCAGAAUGCAAGGAGUGAAAUAGGGACAAUUUGUAAUGGCAUGAUUUUGGUCUCUCCAAAGAUGUGGUUAUCUUAUGGACUCCUCCACAUGCCACAAUAGAGAACAAUUUUCAACUUCUUUAGGGCAAAAUGCAGAGUUUAAUGUAUUUGCUGCCGGAAAAAGGAUUUACGGUGCUUGUUUUGAAUUUUGAAUCAGGUAGCCAUACUUUAGCAGAUAUUCCUUUCCAGGGGCUUUUUGCCAUCUUUUUCUCAUAUCAAAGAGAGCACAAACUUUGGAACAGAAAAAGAGAUAAGACACUAACAUGGCCAAAAGGAUGGAGGCAUUUCCAGAUGAAUCUGUUAGGAAUUGUUCUUAAGCUGAUAGGUCAUUUUAUUGAAAGGAUGAAAUUUGAUGGUGUUGAAGAACAAUUACAUAAGAGACCAAUCAGAUACCAUGGGAAAGGGAGGCCUAAAUGAACUGUUUUAGGAAGUUUUAUGCAUGUGUUUCUCUCCUUUACUUGGCAAACAACAGAAAGAUGAGGUGUUCACCAUUCUGUUGAAUGUCACAAACGCAAACGUGGCAAGCUCACGUGCCAAAACAUGCUAAACUUUUUGACGAGUCUUCUUUAGCAAAAUAGUUUUUUUUUUUUUUUUUUUUUAGGGGGGGGUGGAGGAUUGGUCUUAUCAAAAGGUGGGAAAUUGUGAAAGAUUUUUCAAAAUCACUCUGUCGGUGAAGCCUUAAUUUAAUGGUUUUAUGAUAGAUGCCAUAAAAUGACGUACUUGUCGAGUUAAAAUUUAUGUAAUUUGAGUUUGCUUUUCGGUGCUAAUUUAAGGUUUGGUAGCGGUGUUGUGUUGUCCUAUAAUUUCAGUUCUUUGUCAAAGUGUCCAGUAAAGAAUAAUAGCACUUCAAAAUAGAAUUUGCACCUAUCAGAUAUUUGUGUAGAGUAAUGGCAUACACACACACAUGCAUGCAUACAUAUAUUUCAGGACAAAA